AUGUUUUACUACCCAAAUGUGCUCCAACGCCAUACUGGCUGCUUUUCUACAAUCUGGUUAGCAGCCACCAGAGGAAUCCAGGUGACCCGCAGAGAGAUGCUCAGAGUCAAUGUGAAGCUAACCUGCGUGGACAUUGUGAAGUACGUGACUUCACAGGUCCCGUCGUUGGGGCCGAACCAGCCCAAGCCCCGUUUCUCCCUGUACCUGUCGUCCCAGCUGCAGUAUGGGGUGGUCGUGGUCUAUCACAGGCAGUGCAGCUUUCUGCUCGAGGAGAUUCAACAAAUCAUCAACCGCCUGCUGCGCCGUCAGAAAUCCAUACGUAUUGAUAUGGAUGAAUCUGAAAGGGUUUCCUUGGACCUUCCUGACGUCCUGCACAUGAUGGAGGAGGCAGAGGGGGCUCAGGACCCCUUCUUUGGUCGCAUGGACUGUCACCAGUUUUCCAGCCCCUAUAAGCAGAUAAAUAUGGCAAUUGAGGAGCUGGCUUUGCAGCAAUCGCUGGCACCCAGCCCGCGCCGCGCCACGUCCAGCCGGGAAGGUUUCACUUCCUCUCCGAUGAACAUCACCCUGACGGAGAAGGAGCAGUUUGUCAUCAAUGCUGCUGAGUAUUUUGAAGGAGACGAAAUUCCUGAAGCCACAACCAGAGAAAUUGAUUUGUUGAUGGAUCAACCAGACGAUUUCCUCAGAGUGGAGCGGGACCACGGAGUCGGUUCAUCUGUCGACCAGCUGAAGGAGACUCUGGGAGUGGAGCAGGACGGCGUGUGGCUGCCGAGCGCGGAGACGGGUCAGGCUGCCCUUGAGGUGACACCUCCACAUGUCGCCAUGCCAACGCCGCCCGGCGCCGCGUCUGAACACGAUGGCGACAGACCAGCGGAAAGUCGUGACGAAGAGGUGGUGGUUCCUCCUCGGAGGAAGCAUGCAGGGGGACGCAGGCGUCAGCUGGUGUUUGCAGACCCGGAGGUCCAGAUCCCUGACGAGGAGCUGCAGGACUGGAUUGGGAACUGUCAGACUGAGACACUGGACCUGUCCCAAGUGUUGCUGGACGUCCCUGCGGUGACCGGGCUGCUCUCUCCUGCUCAGCUCUUCAGCGCCCCCUGUGGAUCUCUUAUCCACGCUGACCUCCUGUCGCUAUGGAAACAGCAAGCCACACUCACCGUCCUGCCUGGAAGUGGAGAAAGGAGUGAAGCUGAGGGGGAUUCGGACAUGGAAAUACUGAGGACGGAGAGGAAGAGGAGGCAUUCACGCAUGAAGGAGUCACACAGUGAGUCAGGACUGCAACCCGCAGAGGGCUCAUCUGUGUCCGACGUGAUCCUGGACUCGUCCAAAGAAGACAGAUCUGUAAGUGGCGUUAUUUCUCCCGCCAGCAGAUGGUCUCCACAGGAGGAGGUUCAUCCACCAUUGGAGCCGAUAGCUGAGGAAAACAUCGAGAUGCCUAAGGCUCAGCCUGACACAGAGGACAGUAACAUGCUGAGCUCGAUCAUCUCCGCCGUGCAGAGGCUUGGCAGGGUCACCUUCGCCUCUCUGCUGCCCCCUCAGGCCAGCCGCCUCACUGCAGCUCUCAAACUCGACAACCUGCUCAAGCUGGCGUCGGCCCAGCAGGUGGCGGCGCAUCAGGCGGAGCCGUACGGCAGCAUCAUCAUCAUCCCAGUGGAGCCGUUGCUGGCUGUCUGAACACCAACCGCCUCACUCUGUGUUUCCAAAGAGUUAGUUUG